GCACAUGUAAGAAAAAUACUUUCCUUUGUUUCGUAAUCAAGUAAAUCCCAUCGGACCAGUUUUAUCCACCCACCCAGUCCCUAUAUAAACGCGUCCCUGACUGCUCUGUUUCUGUCAGUACUGACUCUGCUGCAGCCGUGAGGAUCUGUGUCGUCGUGAAAACAUCGUGCAGUACUUUGGAGUGUCUCUGCAUCUUGGAUUACAAGUUUGACCAGCAUGGCGACCAGGGCUGAAUCUCAUCUGAAACAAGAGGAGGGAGAGAAGGAUUCUCCGCGUACCCACAAGUGUACCGAAUGUGGCAAGGUGUUUCAUAACCUGAGUCAUCUAAAGCGACACAUUCGGACUCACACAGGUGAGAAACCCUACAGAUGUGAAGAGUGUAGCAGGCAGUUCAGCGAGCUGAGUAGUCUGAAGCGGCACUUGCGCACUCACACUGGUGAGAAACCGUACAGGUGUGAAGAGUGCAGCAGGCAGUUUAAUCAGCUGUGUAAUCUAAAGACUCACAUGCGGACUCACACAGAAGAGAAACCCUACAAGUGUGAGGAGUGCGAUAGGCCCUUCAGUGAGCUAGGUCAUUUGAAAGAACACAUACGGAUUCACACAGGUGAGAAACCAUACAGAUGUGAGGAGUGCAGCCGGUCGUUUGUUACAUUGUCACAUCUAAAGAGACACAUGCGGACUCACACAUGUGAGAAACCGUACCGGUGUGAGGAAUGUAGCAAGCAGUUUAGUCAGCAGGAUAGUUUGAAAAUCCACAUGCGGAUCCAUACAGGUGAGAAACCGUAUAGAUGCGAGGAGUGCAGUAAGCAGUUUACUAAUGUAUCUGGUCUGAAGCUCCACAUGCGGACUCACACUGGUGAGAAACCGUACAAAUGUGAGGAGUGCAGCAAGCAGUUUACUCAGAUGUCUGUCCUGAAGCGUCACAUGCGCACUCACACUGGUGAGAAAAAACAGAUGCGAGGAGUGCUGAUGCGAGGAGUACUGAAAGCAGUUUAGGCAGAUGUUAAUUCUAAAGACGCACAUGCAAACUCACACAGGUGAGAAAUCGUACAGUUGGAAAAAAUGUAGUAAAAUAUUUUUGCAGUUAAGUAGUCUGAGUGUCCACAUGCAAUCUCAUACCAGCGAAAACCAUCCAGUACUUGUGUCCAUGUAAAGAUAACUAUUCGCCGAUGAAGGUUAGACAUCCAGGUAAUACGACACGCCAAUAAUUUCGGAAAUCGUCAGACGUUUCAGUUAGAUUACUAUUAUGUGGUAUCAUUUAUGUCAGUAGCGAAGUGUGUAGAUCUCUUUUAGCGAAGUGUGUAGAUCUCUUUUUACUGUUUUCUUUAAGUAGUGUACAUGACUCCAUUGUAAAUUACGAAUGCAUGCUCCGUAGCCUGUUGAUUGGGAAGUCGUGGACUGUAAGUGACAUAGAGACAAUAGUGACGUAGAGACCGUUCGUUUGACAUCAAGGCGCAUGGUCCGUCUGUUAUAGCCCGCUUUCCAGAUG